CUGAGAAUGUCUGAGACCUCCGAGCCUGCAUUUGGAGGCAGGAGAGCCCUGCCCCGCAACGCGUCCAAUGCGGCAGAGGAUGACCUCCCCACUAUGGAGCUGCAAGGGUUGGUGCCCCGAGGUGUCAACCUGCAAGACUACCUUCAGGUCACAGAUAUUCACCUGUUCAAGGAGAGAUGGGACACCAAUAAAAUGGACCACCACACUGACAAGUAUGAAAACAACAAGUUGAUUGUACGUAGAGGACAGUCUUUCUUCAUCCAGAUUAACUUCAAUCGUCCAUAUGACCCCAGAAGGGAUCUCUUCAGAGUGGAAUAUGUCAUUGGUCGCUACCCUCAGGAGAACAAGGGAACCUACAUUCCAGUUCCUGUUGUCCCGGAGCUGCAGAGAGGCAAGUGGGGGGCCAAAGUUGUCAUGAGAGGGGACAGGUCUGUCCGGCUAUCCAUCCAGUCUUCUCCGGAGUGCAUUGUGGGAAAAUUCCGUAUGUAUGUUGCUGUCUGGACCCCCUAUGGCAUACUCCGCACCAGCCGAAACCCAGAAACGGAUACGUACAUUCUCUUCAAUCCUUGGUGUGAAGAGGAUGCUGUAUACCUGGAUGAUGAUAAAGAAAGAGAAGAGUAUGUCCUGAAUGACAUCGGGGUUAUUUUUUAUGGAGACUUCAAUGACAUCAAGAGUAGAAGCUGGAGUUAUGGUCAGUUUGAGGAUGGCAUCCUUGACGCUUGCCUGUAUGUGAUGGACAAAGCACAAAUGGACCUUUCUGGUAGAGCGAAUCCCAUCAAAGUCAGCCGUGUUGGGUCUGCAAUGGUUAAUGCCAAAGAUGAUGAAGGCGUCCUUGUUGGAUCCUGGGACAAUAUCUAUGCCUAUGGUGUCCCCCCAUCAGCCUGGACUGGAAGUGUUGACAUUCUGUUGGAAUACCAGAGUACUAAGAAUCCAGUCCAGUAUGGUCAAUGCUGGGUUUUUGCUGGUGUCUUUAACACAUUUUUGCGAUGCCUUGGGAUACCAGCAAGAGUCGUUACUAAUUACUUCUCAGCCCAUGAUAAUAAUGCCAAUUUGCAAAUGGACAUCUUCCUGGAAGAAGAUGGGAACGUGAACUCCAAACUCACCAAGGAUUCAGUGUGGAACUACCACUGCUGGAAUGAAGCCUGGAUGACAAGGCCUGAUCUUCCCGUUGGAUUUGGAGGGUGGCAAGUUGUGGACAGCACCCCCCAAGAAAACAGUGAUGGGAUGUAUCGGUGCGGCCCAGCCUCCGUUCAAGCUAUUAAGCACGGCCAUAUUUGCUUCCAGUUUGACGCACCCUUUGUUUUUGCGGAGGUCAACAGUGAUCUCGUUUACAUUACAGCCAAGAAAGAUGGCACUCAUGUGGUUGAAACCGUUGAUACCAGCCACAUUGGGAAAUUGAUUGUAACCAAAGAAGUUGGAGGCGAUGGCAUAAAGGAUAUUACUGAUACCUACAAAUUCCAAGAAGGCCAAGAAGAAGAGAGGCUGGCCCUGGAAACUGCCCUGAUGUAUGGGGCUAAAAAGCCCCUCAACACGGAUGGCCUCCUUAAAACCAGGUCUGACGUGGUCAUGAAUUUUGAAGUGGAAAAUGCUGUGCUGGGAAGAGACUUCAAGCUAACCAUCACCUUCCAGAACAACAACCCCAACCGUUACACCCUCUCAGCCUAUCUCUCGGGCAAUAUUGUCUUCUACACGGGGGUCUCCAAGACAGAAUUCAAGAAGGAGACAUUCGAAGUGAUGCUGGAGCCCAUGUCUUUCAAGAAAGAAGAGGUGCUGAUCCGAGCGGGUGAGUACAUGGGCCAGCUGCUGGAACAAGGGUACCUGCAUUUCUUUGUCACAGCACGUGUCAACGAGACCAAGGAUGUUCUGGCCAAGCAGAAGUCCACUGUGCUGACCAUCCCCCAGCUCAUCAUCAAGGUCCGCGGCACCAGGAUGGUUGGUUCUGACAUGGUGGUGACAGUUGAGUUUACCAAUCCUCUAAAAGAAACUCUGCGGAAUGUGUGGAUACGCCUGGAUGGCCCUGGAGUGAUGAAGCCAAGGAGGAAGAUGUUCCGUGAAAUCCAGCCCAACUCCACCGUGCAAUGGGAAGAAGUGUGUCGACCCUGGGUGUCUGGCCGUCGGAAGCUGAUAGCCAGCAUGACCAGUGACUCGCUGAGACACGUGUAUGGCGAGCUGGAUUUGCAGAUUCAAAAACGACCUUCUGAAUAAAUGUACAGGGGGCUGAGAUGGACAUGGGUACUGGGCCUCUUGCAGUCUUGGCUAAGGAAAUUCUAAUGCAAAAUAUAGUCAGCUCUUGCUUUAACUUAGGUGUGAAGACCCAGCCAGGACUACACGGGGCCCCAGAGUAGAAAUGCCAUAUAUUUCAAAGACUACUUUUCAGUGUGACUAUUCAAUAUGGAAGUUAGUUUUUAAUCACUCCACCUUCCAAAAGAUUCUGAGCAUUAGCUUUAAUUAAGUUCUAAUUAAGUUCUCGUGGCUCAUAAGAGUAAAAGUCAUCAUUUAUCAUCACAAAUGUAUAUAGCUCCAAAUAUCAGAGGACUUCCCUUAACAAGGCGAUUUGCUCAAUACCUGGCUUCAUGUAAAACAAGACUCUGAUCUCCCACUCAGCCUUUUGGAGGUAAUAUACACUCCCCCAAAGGGAGAGAAGCACAUGAUUUGGGCCCUAGAAUUCUAUUCCCCUUUCUUUGGAAUCGGGUUCUACUCUCUGUGUCAGAAUAUUUUUCCCAGGUAUUGAGAACAACAUCAUUUUUCUUCUUGGCAAAGCCAGGGCAAGGUCUUUCAUCUUGCACCUGCGGCAAAGCAACUGCCUGCCAAAUUUCACAGAUUUACCUUGUGAGAAGAUGUGGCCCCAUAUUAACAAAUUGCAUUUGUGGGAAACUUAAUCACCUAAGAGGAGAUAAGAUAGCAGGUGCAAUACUCAGAUCUAUUAAAUAAUGGAGUUUUAUGGUGCGUUCUAUAAGAGGUGUCAGACGGUGGCCUGAUCAGCAGGAACCAAUAUCCUUUACUUUAACUCUUUUGGGGCCACAGGACUAGAAAGUAACAAGGCUGACUUGGGACAGGAAAAAUGAGGAAUUAGUCUCUUUUAUUAGUGAUUAUACUUCAAGAUCUAUCUCUCUGGGAUCCUCUCCUUCACACAAUGAUGUCCAGGUACAUUUUUAGAGAUAGAACAAGCCCUGUGAGUUGGAGAAUCUGGCAGAUUUAGUGGCCAGACAUGUAGAAGGAUGGGCAGCCACUAAUUCCCUGUUGUCCUUCAUAUCACUCAUGUUGAGACCUCAGCUCAGGACACAGAUGCUAAAAGGUAAUACAGAGUCCAUUUUGCAAGUAGCCAAUGCUAACACAGACCCAAUGACAGAGGAUGUUGACAUCAUUUGUAUUAUGCUCCAAGGUUCCAACAGGCAAGGCUAUCUGCUAUUUAUUUGCAAAACUGAUUUAUGAUCAAAAUUAUCCAUUGAAAUGCCUAGGGUAUGAUUCUUAGCAAAAACAAAAACAAAGUGGGAAAAGCCAGAAGGAAAUUUUCUGAUCUGCAUAACCACAUUUCUAAGCCUUUGAGACUAUUCUGGGCACCAGGGAUCCAUGAGGGUUAGUGGUCACCUCCAUAUGUGCAUCAUACCUAAUUCUAUUAAGUAAUUAAUAAUCCCAGCAUUUGCCAAGCCUUCCAAUACUCAAUUUUAAAAUGAAAUGCAUUUUGCUAUAUGGUUAAACUGGCUUAAUGUAGUAUAUGCUUAUUAACUAGAAUGUAAUCAAAGCUUCAAAUAAAGUUAAUGUGAUUAUGUUUGCAUCUGCAUAAAA